GCACAGAAAGAAUUCAUCCGUACGGAUAUUUCCUUCAAUUAAGUUUAUAAAUCCAUAGAGCCACGGUUUUAGAUUUAUCCCUUCACUAUUUGCAGCACCCUCGGAAUCAAAGGCACGAUCGAUUGCCACCCUCCACCGGUCCCCCACCCGUUUCAUUCCUACACCACCCACUACCAUGGCAGCCAACAAGCGGCGAGCGGAUGCUGCUGUCCAGUCGAGCUCGAGCAAAAGGCGCAGAUCGGUCACUCAAGUGAGCGAACACAAGAACGAGACAUCCUCGAAGCCAAUCGUGGACCGUGACGAGGACCAGAAUAUGGGAGGCACCGCAGGAUUCGAGGAGGAAAACACAUCCGAAGUUGAAGAGACGGAAAACGCACACAUGGUAGAUUCAGACGGAUCGGAAAGUUCAUCCGACAGCGACGACGCUCCGGAGGAAGUCUCCAAGUCAACCGCAACCCAAGCGCUCCACGCACAAGAAGCGGAGAAAAGCAAGGCGAUAGGAAGCCGUGUAGCGAAGCUACGAGAGAAGCGUCGCGCUCACGAUGACCGACUCCGUCUGCAAGUGCAGACAUCUUCACGGCGGAAGCGAACUUCGAAAUCACCGGAAUCCGACGUCGAAUCCGACGCUACAUCGGAACUCGACGUCGGUGGCAGCAGAGGUCGUCCUUCUCGUCUCCUUCCCCAAUCCCUUCUUGAGGCCGAACGAGAGCCCACACCCCCGACUGAGGACCCCUCCAAGAGAUUCGAUCUGGCGAUCCGGAAGAGCAAGCGGACCGUGUUCGCGUCGGAGAAGUCGCCAAAGGAUGUAAAGAAGGGCCCGUUGAAUGUACGGGUGCUGAGCAAGCGAAACCAGCUGUUGCCGCCGAAAUCGAAUGGUGCGAGUCGGAGUAUCCGGGAGAAAUGGUUACAGGGGAGGUCGCUGGAUCUGAAUGGUGGGAAGGGGGGCAAGCGGUUGAAAGGGGGAAAGCAGUUGGUGAGGAGAGAGGUCAGGAGGGGCUUCUUGCGCACCUGAGGGGCGUUCGAUUAAGAUGAUGAAGAGAUACCUAGGGAGCCAUGAGAGUUAUCCCAAAAACGAUUUUCCGAGGAAUGAACGAAAGACCGUUACUCGACGCUAUAACUGCGCUAAAAAUGACCAGAUGAUCAUAUAUCUCAUAGCCCAUGACUUCUCCGUUGCAUUCCCUACUAGUGGUUGAUUACCGUCCCUGGCGCCUCAUCCUCGGCUUUGUACGGCGGAUAUCCCACGAACUUAUUAAUCCAGUUCAACACCGCCGUAUGCCACA